AUGAAGUUGAUCCUUUUUCUUAUUUUUUGUGUCAAUUUGACACAAGAAAAAUCGAGCUAUUCUUUUGAUGGAUCACUUUUUGAUAGUAAAGAAUUGGAAUAUGAUGAAAUUGAUGAAAAAGUUGGUUUUUUUUUAAAUUUUCAAGUUUUAGCAAUAAUUUCAUAACAUCUAAAACUAAAAUAUUUCAGGCAACAGGUUCAGUUUUUUCUCGAUAUAUGGCUGAUUCAAAAGCUCAAUUGAUUUUGGAUCUCGAUUUAUUUCAUCAUUUUUUCAAUUAUGCUGAAGCUUAUAAAAAUGGAGCUGAAGAUGGAAAUUUGGAAAUUAUGAAAUAUGCUGUUGAAAUGGUUGAAAAAUUGAAAGCAUUUGAUGUUUCAGCUCGUUAGUUUUUAUUUCUUCAAAGAAUAAUUACAGUAAUCUAAGAGUUUAGCAAAAUUGGGAAAUUUGAGGAAUUAUUCCAUUCUUUGGAAUUUCAUUUUUUAAUUCUCCAACUUUCUAGAUAAAAAUCAAUACAGGGUAAAAUUUGGAAUUUUGUAUAUCUGAAACCAAACUUUUUUUUGAUGAAGUAGAUAAUUUCCAAAAUUUUCAGAAAAUCUUCUUUUUUAAAUGUGUUUGAUUUUUCCGAACAGUCAAGAACCAUUAAAAUAUAACUAGAAUUCUAAAAAAAAACUCUAAAAGUUUUCAGCAUGUGUUGGAGACAUGCUUCAUCUCGCUUGGACUGGUGUUGAAUAUGCAACUCACGUCGAAGAGCAUAAAAAUUGUUCGGAUUGUAAAUGUACUCCACUUUUCCAACAAAAGAAAAACGAAAGACAUUGGAUUUUUAAUGGUGAGAUUAUCAUUUUCAAGUUUUCAAUAAACAAAAUUUUUUGUAGUUUUCGAUGCGAUGGGAAAAGUUCCAGCUGGAAUUUCGAGUGGAAAUAAUUUAUGGGUUGGAUCAUGGAGUACUUGUAGAAAAAUUGAAGUUGUCAAAAAUCGUCAGGGACAAAAAUGGAAGGGACAAUAUUGUUUAGCAAAUGUUCAUGCUUAUGAGAGAGAUAAUCCGUUGAAAAAUAUUGGAUCAGUUGAUGCUGUUGAUAAACAUUGCUUGUAAGUUUAAUACUUUUCCUAUUCUGGAUUUCUGUGAUUCGGAAUAAUUCUAGUGAACCAGUUUCGCCAACAAAUAUCACAGAUGAUGGACAAUGUUUCAAUCUUUUUCCACUUUUGAAAUUUGGUGUUUGUAUGCCAAAUACUUGUACUGAUCAUGAUGUUAAAAGAAUGUUAACAUUUGCAAUUCGAGCUGCGGAAGCAAUGACUGGAAUGAAUAAAGUUUGUGAUGUUAGUGUUGAAUGUCGAGUUGAAUCGAAUUCUGAUGCAAUGUCUCAAAAUCCAUUGGCUAUGUUUGCAUUGUACGUUUUCUUUUACCCAUUUUUGCCCAAAAUUACAUUCUGAAAAUAUCUAGAAACAUCUAUGAAUUAAUGAGCUUUUAUUUUUUUCAACUUUCAGAUAUUUAUUGAUUGCAACCACUGUUAUUGCAAUUUUCGGAACUUUAUACGAUUUGUUCAUUAUUCAAAAUAAUCCUCCAGAAUCUCAUCCUGCAAUAAAUCGUGAGAUUUUUUUCAAAAAUCAAUAUACAUAUCAAUGUUUUCUUCAGAUGGCUUCAUCAAGUUUAUCCUUGCAUAUUCUUUAUAUUCAAAUGGCCUCGAAAUUUUGCAAUCGAAAAAACGAGAUGGUGAAAUCAACACUCUUCACGGUGUCAGAUUUUUAAGUAUGUGCUGGAUUAUUCUUGGACAUACUUAUUAUUAUAUUGGAGCAAGUUUGACAACAGGUAGAUUUCAAAAAUAGUUUUGAAAAAAAUUGGGUUUUCAGAUAAUCUUAUUCCAACUCUCAUCAAUUUUCCACAACAAUUUUACACUCAAAUAAUUGUGCAAGCUCCUUUGGCUGUCGAUUCAUUUUUCUUUUUGAGGUAAAAUAAAUCCAAGAAAAUAAACUACAGUAACCAUACAAUUAAUUUUUCAGCGGAAUGUUAGCAGCAUUUUUCUUCUUCAAGAAAACAAUGAAAGCAGAUAAACCACCAUCAAUGAGUCCAAUGAAUCCAAUUUCUUGGCUUCUUUAUUAUGUCAAAAGAUACACGAGGUACUAAAUAUCUGGAAAAGAUUCGGAAAUUAUCAAAAUACUUUCAGAAUUACUCCAACAUAUGCAGUUGUAAUGUUAUUUGAUGUUACUCUAUUUACAUAUGUUUCAAAUGGCCCAUUUUGGAGACCAAUUGAAAAACAAGGAUGUCGACAUGCUUGGUGGACUAAUUUCAUUUAUUUAAAUAAUUUCUUACUACAAGAUGUUGAAUGUGUUAGUUUCAAAAAUAAUACAAAAUAUUUUUUUAAUGAUAUAUUUUUUCAGUGUAUGGGUUGGACAUGGUAUUUGGCAAAUGAUAUGCAAUUCCAUGUUGUACUUAUGCCAAUUUUAAUCAUAACAUUUUUAAAAUGGGGAAUGAAACCAGGAAUGAUUGUUUCGAGUGUGAUUAUGAUUAUUUCGUCAAUCAUCAAACUUGUCAUAAUUGAAUAUAAGGAUUUUCCACCAGCUCCACUUUUAACAGCAAAACUACAAAUGUGAGUUGCAAUUUGGGCACGAUUUCUUUUCAAAAAAAUAUUGACGGAAAUUUCAUAUUUCAGUGUGAAACAAUUGGAUGAAUAUUGGAAUCAUGUUUAUGUUCGACCGUAUGUCAGAUGUACACCAUUUAUAAUUGGUGUUAUUGUUGCAUAUUUAUUGAAUGCCUGGACGACAAAAGACCAAAAAGAUCUAAGAAUCAAACUUGAAAGGGUAUUUGGAUAUCCAAACUAAAUUUAAAAACAUUUUUUUAUUUCAGAAGCAUGUUAUAAUUGGCUGGACUUGUUCAACAAUUUUAGGACUUUAUUCGGUUUUCGGACUUUAUUGGUUUGCAAAAACUGGAGAUAUUUCAGAAUGGUGGAAGGUAAUAAUUUCAUGGAAAUGAACACUUUCUAUAAUGGUAUUUUUCAGAUUCUUUAUAUAUUAUUUGGUCGACCAGCUUAUGCUUUAGCACUUGGUUGGGUUGUAUUUGCUUGUACAACAGGAAAUGGUGGACCAGUUGAUACGAUUUUAUCAUGGCGAUUAUUUGUGCCUUUAUCAAAAAUCACAUUUUGUGCAUAUUUGUUACAUCCAAUUAUGCUACAAAUUUAUAAUUUGAGUCGUCCACAACCUUUUCAUUUUACAACUUUUGGACAAAUGGUCAGUUUCUUUUCUAUUUUUUUUUCGAAAAUAUUUCAUCGAUAUUUUUCAGCUUCGACAUACAGUUGAAGCAGUUGUCGCAUCCUAUUUGAUGGCAUUCUUUUUUGCAUUAGCAUUCGAAAAACCAUUUACAAAAAUCGACGAAAUGCUUCUGCCAUCAACGAAAAAAGUGGAAGUGAAAUCGAAAAAAGUAGAUCAAGAGCUAGAACUUUUAAAUCAAAGUAGAAACUAA